AUAGACUGCUCUCGUAAAUACUCGCUUCUUUUUAUAUGCAAGACAUCGAAGCCUCCGCAGCAGCUCUCUCUCCUUUCUUCUCUCUCUACGAUGCCCACCCUCCCCACAUCGUACACGUCAAAACUGUAAAUUUCUCUUUGCGCUUUUUCUUCAACACUUGAAAUUGCAAGCCAAAUCGGCCAAAUCUUCAUUACCCCCUUCCAUUACCGCUGAUUUCUUGAAGUUUUGGAUAUGGGUAUUGAUCAUUAUAGGGUUUUAGGCUUGCCUUCCGGCGAAGAAGGAGCGAAACUUUCGGUGAAGCAAAUAUCCAAAGCCUACAAGUUGAAGGCGUUGGAACUCCACCCAGACAAGAGACCCGGUGAUCCCAAUUCUCAUACCCAAUUCCACAGACUCAAAUCCUCGUACGAGAUUCUCAGGAAUGAAAAAUCUCGGAAGCAAUUUGAUGAUGUUCAUCAAAUCAAUGUUGAACGACGAUCACAAAACGAUUCGAAGCGUAGGAAGACGAUGUCUGAUCUUCGAGAGAGGGAGAAAGCUGAUUUCACUAGAAAAGCUCAAAAAAAGGAAGAUGAAAGAAUCCACAAGGAGAUCAAAGCAGAGAUGGCGAGAUGUCAUGCGAUGUAUGACAGUGGACCCGAAGCUCAAGAAAAGGAAGAUGAAAGAAUCCAUAAGGAGCUUAAAGAAGAGAGUGCGAGAAUUAGUUCAAUGUAUGGCAGUGGACCCGUAUUUCGGAUGCAACCCAAAGGAUAUCCUACUGAAGGAGGAAAGGAGAAUAUGGGUUAUGGGUAUGAUUCUGGGUUUAGUAUAGAUCAAGGGAAGAUGCUCAAGGUGUCAUGGAAGAUAUGUGGUGGUGAUUAUAGCGUUGAAAGAUUGAAGGAGUUGUUUGAAAAGUUCGGUAAGGUUGAAGAUGUGGCCAAGAGUUCAAGGAAAAGAGGUUUAGCACUUGUGGUGAUGGCAUCUAAAGAAGCAGCUGUUGCUGCUUCUGAAAAGGUUUGCGGGGAUACCACAAAUCCGCUUGCAGUAGAACAUAUAAUCUUAACUGUAUAGGGCAAUGAUGUGUUUGAUAUUGUUUUAUAUAUGUCUAUGUAUAACUGCCUGCGAGAUUUGUUUGUUCUUGGCGUCUUGCUAAUGACCAUGCUGCAAAGGUUCAGAAAUUG